GCCACGUAUACUGGACGCAAAUGUAGGACAAAGUGCACAAAAUUUGACGACAAAAUUAUUUUAGAAUUGGUACACAGCACAAAUGUUUGUGUGUCAUCGUUUCUGUCUAUUAAAAAAAAAAAAAAAAAAAAAAAAAAAGGGGAAUUUGGGAAAAGUCCACAUUGUUAAGGACGUUUUCUAAUGUCAAUGUUCAAUAGAUCACGGAACGUUCAAUCGUCCUUGCGUGUUCGUUUUCUUUGUCCAAAAAGAGAGGGAAAGAAAGAAGACACCAGAGUGCUGAGUCUCAGGGUGCGUUCAAUCAACUGUGCAGGUUGUUAUCAGAAAAGGGGAGAGUCACCAUGAAACCAUCAUUCUUCAGUGAUCGACCUUCUCCAUAUUCUCAUGGAUAACAAAACGUAAACAUGUAUUACCCUAGUGUUUUGGAAAUGGAACUUAAUCGUUAGAUAAAGGAACAUAGAUUCAUGAGUACAAAUAGAGCAAUCCAACAAUAUAGAUUGAAAAAGUAUCGUCAUCGAAAAUACUAUUCUAUUAUAUAAUAUGGCGGCACGGUGGACGACUGCUUAGCACAUCUGCCUCACAGUUCUGAGGACCCGGGUUCAAUCCCCGGCCCCGACUGUGUGGCGUUUGCGUGUUCUCCCAGUGCCUGCGUGGCUUUUCUCCGGGCGCUCCGGUUUCCUCCCACAUCCCAAAAACAUGCGCGGUGGCUUGACUGAAGUCUCUAAAUUGCCCGUAGGCAGGAAUGGUUGGUUGUUUGGAAGUGCCCUGCGAUUGGCUGGUCACCGGUUCAGGGUGUACCCCCGCCUCUCGCCCGGAGAUAGCUGGGAUGGGCGCCAGCACGCCCGCAAGCCGCGUGAGGGGAAGCGGCACAGAAAAUGGAUGGAUGGAAACUGAACUGGUCGCCAGCCAAUCGCAGGGCACUAAUAAUAUAUAUCAAAUUAUAUUAUAAUUGCAAUACAAAGUGAAAUAUUCAUGUGAAAUGUCACAUUUUAUCAUAUAGCCGAGUUAGAAAAAGUACACCAGCUUCAACAUUAUUGCCAAAUUAAUCCAUCUUGAUGAUGCCACACAACACAAAUCAAAAAAACAUGCCAAUGUAAUAAAUAUAUUCACCAAAAAAUGUCGUUCAUGCAAAAAUGUUAUUACAGGUAGCAUUCAAAACAACAGAGAGCACCUAAAACAUUACAAAUGUAAUUGACAACCUGUUUGUGCAUCACUAUUCACUAUUCCUAACAGUGUGGGGAGGCCGGUGGCGAAUGAAUGUUCGAGCAUCUCCGAAGCGCUUUGGCCACUGGAAUGGGGACGUUCAAGUUCUCUCUGAGCGUAGUCCGGUUACCAUUUUACACGAGCAAUGAAGAAGAAAUAUAUACUAUUUUAUACAAACAAUGUAAUAUCAUUAAUGAAAAAUAGAGGAGUUUCACACAGGUGGUGUUACAAAACAAGUCAACUGGAAACAUCACAGCCUGCUUGUGUAACACCACACAACACAAAUAAUGAUUAAAAUAUAUACAUCAAUAAGGACGUGAAACAUAAUUGAAAGUUUGUUAUUUUACCACAGCUAGGAUUAUAAACUUAACAGUACACCCAAAACGCAUUCAUUCCUGCGCAACGGGCCGAAACAGACGACGUUUAGUUCGUGUGCAAAUGGGAACGCUGACGUCAUCAGCCUCGGACGGAAGUCGGCGCCUCAUGGAAAGCGCCAGAGAACCAUGGCGGCGUACAUGAAGAUGAUGCGAGCAGCGGCACUUCUCCACAGUAAGCCCGCCCACGUUGUCAAACUCAAGCCGGCCGGGUGCUUGAGGUCCGGCCUACACCGGGCCGACACACCGGACCCGGGCGGGUUCCGCUCGGCUCGUCUGUAUAACAGCAGCGGCUCGCUUCACGCGGCCGACGUGACGGCAGGACCGAGUCGCUGGAUGCGGGUGACCGGCGUCCAUUCCGGACUCCUCACAUCGUCGUCAUGCCGCCCCAGAGCCUUCGGGAACCGGGCGAGCGGCGCCGGCUUCUCCGGGGAGGACGGCGCGGAGAGCGGCGGCGGCGGCGGCGGCUCGGGAGGAGAGGAGUCCGGCGGCGGCGGUGGCGGCGUAGGUGAGGACGGAGGAGCGGCGUACGCUGGAGCUCAGAUGACGGCUCUGACACCCAUGAUGGUGCCGGAGGUGUUCCCCAAUGUGCCACUGAUCGCCGUGAGCAGGAACCCCGUGUUCCCCCGGUUCAUCAAGAUCAUCGAGGUGAAAAACAAAAACCUGAUGGAGCUGCUCAGGAGGAAGGUCCGCCUGGCGCAGCCCUACGCCGGAGUCUUCCUCAAGACAGACGACAACAACGAGUCGGACGUGGUGGAGUCCCUGGACGCCGUCUACGGCACGGGGACCUUCGUGCAGAUUCACGAGAUGCAGGACCUCGGGGACAAGCUGAGGAUGAUCGUCAUGGGCCACCGCAGGGUCCGCAUCACGAGGCGUCUGGAGGUGGAGGCCGAGGAGGAGGAGGAGGCGGCGGCGGCGGCACCCGCGUGGUCGCCCGAGUCGGAGCCCCGGGCCGUGGCUCCGUCCGGACGCAAGGCCGAGCGCAGUCGGACGGAACCGGCGGGCGAGCCGGCCGAGCAGCUGGACCACAAAAUUGCGGAAGCAGACCUGACGCCAGAACUCCGGCCUCUGCCCUCCUCCGGCGUCCUCAUGGUGGAAGUGGACAACGUCCUCCACGAGCACUUCACCGUCACGGAGGAAGUCAAGGCGCUGACGGCCGAGAUCGUCAAGACCAUCCGUGACAUCAUCGCACUCAACCCCCUCUACAGGGAGUCUGUUCUGCAGAUGAUGCAGGCGGGCCAGCGUGUGGUGGACAACCCCAUCUACCUGAGCGACAUGGGCGCCGCGCUAACGGGGGCCGAGUCGCACGAGCUGCAGGACGUCCUGGAGGAAACCAACAUCCCCAAGCGUCUGUACAAAGCGCUUUCUCUGCUCAAGAAGGAGUUUGAGCUCAGCAAGUUGCAGCAGCGUCUGGGCCGAGAGGUGGAGGAGAAAAUCAAGCAGACUCACAGGAAGUACCUGUUGCAGGAGCAACUCAAGAUUAUCAAGAAGGAGUUGGGUCUGGAGAAGGAAGACAAGGAGGCCAUCGAGGAGAAGUUCCGUGAGCGUUUGAAGGACAGGACGGUCCCUCAGCACAUCAUGGACGUCAUCAACGAGGAGCUCACCAAGAUGGCGCUGCUCGACAACCACUCCUCGGAGUUCAAUGUGACCCGCAAUUACCUGGACUGGCUAACCAGCAUGCCCUGGGGCACCAACAGUGAGGAGAACCUGGCCUUGGACAGAGCCAAUGAGGUUCUGGAGGAAGAUCAUUAUGGGAUGGAUGAUGUGAAGAAGCGCAUAUUGGAGUUUAUAGCGGUCAGCCAGCUGCGAGGGUCCACGCAGGGCAAGAUCCUGUGCUUCUACGGCCCCCCGGGGGUGGGCAAGACCUCCAUCGCCCGCUCCAUCGCCCGCGCCCUCAACCGCGAGUACUUCAGGUUCAGUGUGGGCGGCAUGACGGAUGUUGCCGAAAUCAAAGGACACAGGAGGACGUAUGUUGGUGCGAUGCCGGGGAAGAUCAUCCAGUGCCUCAAGAAAACCAAAACGGAGAACCCUCUGGUUCUGAUAGAUGAGGUGGACAAAAUGGGCCGCGGGUAUCAGGGCGACCCGUCCUCGGCUCUGCUGGAGCUUCUGGACCCCGAGCAGAAUGCAAACUUCCUGGACCAUUACCUAGAUGUUCCCGUGGAUCUUUCCAAGGUUCUCUUCAUCUGCACGGCCAACGUGACCGACACCAUCCCGGAACCUCUCCGAGACCGCAUGGAGAUGAUUAAUGUGUCUGGAUACGUAGCUCAGGAGAAACUGGCCAUCGCCCAGCGGUACCUGGUCCCACAGCUGCGCUCGCUGUGCGGCCUGAGCGAGGAGAAGGCGUCCAUCUCGUCUGAAGCUCUCGGUCUACUGAUCCGACAGUACUGCAGAGAGUCCGGCGUCAGGAACCUGCAGAAACAAGUGGAAAAGGUUUUCCGCAAGGUUGCGUUCUCCAUCGUCAGCGGACAGCUGGAAGAGGUCGGCGUGACUCCAGACAACCUGCAGGAGUACGUCGGGAAACCGGUUUUCACCGUGGACAGGAUGUAUGACGUCACGCCGCCGGGAGUCGUCAUGGGGCUGGCCUGGACCGCCAUGGGAGGCUCCACUCUGUUCAUCGAGACGUCCGUGCGUCGUCCUUCGGUGAAAGACGGCAAAGGAGAAGGUUCUCUGGAGCUAACGGGUCAGCUGGGCGACGUCAUGAAGGAAAGCGCCAAAAUCGCUUCAACCUUCGCCAGAGCGUUCCUAAUGCAGCAAGAACCUGAAAACGACUUCCUGGUCAACUCUCACCUGCACCUUCACGUUCCUGAGGGGGCCACCCCCAAGGACGGCCCGAGCGCCGGCUGCACCAUCGUCACGGCCCUGUUGUCCCUGGCGACCGGUCGGCCCGUGCGUCCCGACGUCGCCAUGACCGGCGAGGUGUCCCUGACCGGGAAAAUACUUCCCGUGGGAGGAAUCAAGGAGAAAACCAUCGCGGCCCGACGCGCCGGAGUGACGUGCAUCAUCCUGCCGGCGGAGAACAGGAAGGACUUCUCGGACCUGCCGGACUACAUCACGGAGGGCCUGGAGGUGCACUUUGUGGACCACUACAGUCAAAUAUACCCGGUGGUCUUCCCUCAGUCCUAAGAGGCUCUUGUGCGCGGAGUGUUUUCAAGUCCGCGUGCUCCCGUUCGGGUGGACGCCGUCACGGCCGCCGCGCAGACAACCGACCAAUGAGGAGCUGCGAUGAACACAGGAAGCGAUGCCGCCAGGCGGCAAACCGGUCAGCCGCGCCUCACGUGACCCUCGGCUGCGGACAAACUCUUUGAUAGCUGAUUAGAAUUAUUAUUUUUAUUUUAUAUUAUUGUCAACGUAUGCUUGAAUAAAUAUAACAUUGAUGACGAGAACAAAAUUAACUCUUUCUGUGACUGGGAUUCAAUCGUUUUUCAUUCAUAUGUAAAUGCGCUGUAUGCAACUUUUUAUUUCGAUGAGAGCGGUACACAACAGUACAAAACCGAAUAUGCAUAUCAAAUCAGGUCUCGCGUGUUAAGUCAGGCGGCACGGUGGGCGACCGGUUAGAGCGUCCGCCUCACAGUUCUGAGGACCGGGGUUCAAGUCGCGGCCCCGCCUGCGCGGACUUUGCUCGUUCUCCCCGUGCCCGCGUGGCUUUUCUCCGGCGUCCCAAAAACAUGCGCGGUAGCUCGAUUGAAGACUCGAAAUUGCCCGUAGGUGUGAACGUGAGCGCGAAUGCCUGCUUGUUUGUAUGUGCCCUGCGAUUGGCUGGCGACCGGCUCAGGGUGUCGCCCGCCUCUCGCUCGAAGA